AUGGAGAGCGGAGGUGGCUCGCGGCUGGGAGCAGUGUUGCGGACGACGAUUAUGGUGGGCGCGUACUAUGGGGUGGCCUACACCUUCUGCAACACGGUCCUGAAACCUUCGACGACCGCUGGACCUUCGAUGCACCCGACCUUCAAUGCCGCCGGCGACAGCGUGUGGGUCUAUCGGCGGAUUGAUCCUGCCACUGACCUGCGCGUCGGGGACAUUGUACAUGCACGGACGCCUACGUAUUGCCGGCUGGAGGGCAAGCAGCCGGGAGUGUUGAAGAGGAUCAAGGGUCUUCCGGGGGACACCAUCAAAGUCACCUUCUACUCGCCCAGCAAGGUUGGGCGAACAGAGGCGGAGGAAGAGGCGGACGAAGUGACGAUCAAGGUGCCGGCAGGCCAUGUAUGGGUUGAAGGCGACAAUCCUGGGCAAUCCACGGACUCGCGGAUGUGGGGACCGCUGCCACUGGCCUUGAUCGAGGGCAAAGUUGUAUCUAGAUUGAACCCGUUCAGCCUCCAGACCUUGGACGCACCCGGACAUAUCAAGCGGAAAUGGGAGCGCCAGGCGAGGGACAUCGCAGACAGCCGUGCCACUGGCAAGAGGUCGGGCGAGGAAGCUCUGCGUGCGAUCGAUCGACUGAUUAAGAGUGGAUCCGAAGCUUCCGACAACACCCUACUCGUCAGCGACCGUCAUGAUGCUGACGUCAACGAUACCGCGCUCGCACCUCCACAAGACACCGUCCAGGGCCACGAGCGGGUUGUUGCCUGA